AUGGACUCCCAAAUCAUCCAGAAUUACCAGGACGCCCUAGAAGAGAUCAAGAAGCUGGACGCCCAGCGUACCAAUUCCGAGAAAGAGAAUAAAGCCGAGCAGAAAUGUGUCCGCACAGUGUUAGUCGACGCCACCGGCGAGAAGAAAGAGAGUCUUGCCGACUUCUUCGAGUUCUGCGACAAGAAUUCGGACGCCCGGAUUUCCUUCUCGGGUGAGAUAUUAUCACACAUGCACCAAAACUAA